AUGUUGUCGGACUUGAAGAUUAAACUGCUGCACACGAAGCGAAUGAUGCUCGGGUUGCGACAGGAACUGCGCAACAGAGCAAUGCUUUGGGAGGCGGCUUUUGAAGAAAUCGAAAUGUUGGAAACAAUGGUAACGAGAGAAAGACUUUUGAAAAAAAUCCAAUAUUUUUUUCUAGGCUAAAGAGGCAAAGGUGAAUCUGCAAAAGAUGGCGGAAGACUUACGGAGACAAAGAAAGGAAAAAGCAGGAAUGUUGCCGCCGAAGGAAAAGAAGGAAGAGGAGAAGGAUGAGAACGUGGACAAGGAGGGAACGGACGACGAUAAAAAAGAAGAAAAUUGA